AUGUAUACAAUUCUUCAUGAAACGGAUGAUUCGACCGCAGUAAAUUUUAGUGAAUGUGGGAAAUUCUUCCCAGAGAAAGGUUUGCAAAUAGUUACCGUUGGUGUGAAAUAUUUGCGGAUUUUUCGCGCUAAUCCGUAUGCUUUAUUAUUAAAAGAUGAGCAGCGAUGGGCCCAAACUACACGAUUGGAAUGUUUACUAGCUGUGCGAUUACUUACACCAGUACAGUCGUUUGCUGUUGCCAGAAUUCCACAGAACCCGGACUGUGAUAGUCUUUUACUUGGAUUUGAUGAUGCUAAACUUUCCAUUGUUGGUGUAAAUCCAGCUGAUCGAUGCUUAAAAACAAUUUCAUUGCACUGCUUCGAAGAUGAACUGCUGAAAGAUGGAUUCACCAAGAAUUUACCUCGUCCAGUUAUUCGCGUUGAUCCAGGUCAACGAUGUGCUGCUAUGCUUGUUUUUGGAAGAUACCUUGCUGUGCUUCCAUUCAAUGACUCAAGUUCCCAAUUACAUUCAUAUACUGUCCAGCUUUCCCAAAUUGAUUCCCGUUUGGUUAAUGUAAUGGAUAUGGCUUUCCUUGAUGGUUACUACGAACCAACAUUGUUAUUUCUUUAUGAACCCGUUCAAACGACUUGUGGGCGAGCCUGUGUACGUUAUGAUACCAUGUGUGUAUUGGGUGUUUCAUUAAACGUCAAGGAACAAGUUCUUGCUUCCGUGUGGCACUUAAGCAAUCUACCGAUGGAUUGUAAUCAGAUUCUUGCAAUUCCACAACCAGUUGGUGGAAUUUUGCUAGUUGCUACAAAUGAACUUAUCUAUUUGAACCAAUCCGUCCCUCCAUGUGGUAUAUCGCUUAACAGCUGCAUGGAUGGUUAUACUAAGUUUCCGUUAAAAGAUUUCAAGCAUAUGGCUCUAACACUGGAUGGCUGUGUUGUGACCGUUAUUUCCACAAAUAAGAUUUUACUGUGCGAUCGCAAUGGACGGUUGUUUACUUUGGUUUUGGUUACGGACGCUACGAAUUCUGUGAAAUCACUGGAACUGAAGUUUCAGUUUGAGACAGUAAUUCCGUGUACGAUGACUUCCUGUGCACCUGGUUAUCUCUUCAUUGGCUCUCGUCUUUGUGAUUCCGUGUUUCUACAUUGCAUUUUUGAACAAUCGACGUCAGAAGAAUCUGUUGCGAAGAAAAUAAAAUUAAAUGCCGAACCAAAUGCAAGUGAAGGAGAUGAAGAUUUCGAGCUGUAUGGAGAAGUACUUCCGAAGGUUACGAAAACGGAUUCAACGGAAGAACUUCUGAAUAUUCGUGUUCUUGAUAAAUUGCUUAACAUUGGUCCCUGCAAGAAAAUAACUGGUGGUUGUCCGAGUAUCAGUGCUUAUUUUCAGGAAAUAGUCCGGAAGGAUCCACUUUUUGAUUUAGUAUGUGCAUGUGGACAUGGAAAAUUUGGAAGCAUUUGCAUACUUCAAAGAAGCAUUCGUCCCGAAAUCAUCACAAGCAGCAGUAUUGAAGGAGUCGUGCAGUAUUGGGCUGUUGGGCGCCGUGAAGACGAUACGCACAUGUAUUUCAUCGCUUCGAGAGAGCUGGGAACUUUGGCAUUGGAAACAGACAAUGAUUUGGUAGAACUGGAAGCACCGAUAUUCGCGACUUCGGAGUCAACCAUUGCUGCUGGUGAAUUAGCCGAUGGUGGUCUUGCUAUUCAGGUGACUACAUCGAGUUUGGUAAUGGUUGCAGAGGGACAGCAAAUUCAGCAUAUACCACUUCAGUUGACGUUCCCAGUGCGGAGUGCUUCUAUUGUAGAUCCCUAUAUUGCAAUAUGUACACAAAAUGGAAGAUUAUUAAUGUAUGAAUUAACGAAUCAUCCGCACGUGCACCUGAAGGAAAUCGAUAUUUCGAAAAAAUUGCGUCAUGAGACGUCACCAAUAACAUCUUUAUCAGUUUAUCGUGAUAUGAGCGGAAUUAUUCGAUUUUGUUCUGCAACGAAUAUAUCUCAACAGCAUCAAAUAGCUGGCACUAAUGUACAAGUUCUAGAGCAAGAAGAUUUUGAGGAUGUGGAUGAUUUGCUAUUAUACGGGGAUUCCAAGAAACUGAAAAAAGAAACGGUGUCUAGGCGGAGAAUCGUUGGCAUGAAGUUAGCAGAACAAAAUACUCAUUUUGAUACAGAUGUGAUCGAUCCAAAUACGAUUGUACCUUCACAUUGGAUUCUAAUUGCGCGAGAAAACGGAAACAUGUACAUAUAUUCUAUACCGGAACUUCAUUUAGUUUAUAUGAUAAAGAAAAUUAGUCAUUUGCCGGACAUUGCUACUGAUCAACCAUAUGUCGAUGAUGAGCCAGCUACGGGAGAAGGCAUUGAUUCAGCGCCCGGGACAAUGACUGAUACAUUUGCCGCGAAACCCGAAGAAGUGAUUAUGGAAGUGCUUCUUGUUGGAAUGGGAAUGAAUCAGGGACGUCCAAUGCUUUUUUUGCUUAUUGAUGAUAUGGUUUCCGUGUACGAAAUGUUUACUUAUAAUAACGGUAUUCAAGGACAUCUCGCUGUGCGGUUCAAGCGACUUCCAUACACAACCGUGACUAGGUCAUGCCGUUUCCAAGGUUUGGAUGGCCGAGCAGCAGUUGAAUCAGUUCGAGAUGCUGUUAGACAUAAGACUGUUUUGCAUUUCUUUGAGCGGAUAGGAAAUGUGUUAAAUGGUGUCUUUAUUUGUUCAUCAUAUCCGUGUAUUUUCUUCCUUGAAUCUGGUAUUCCACGUCUUCAUCCUGUUAAUCUUGAUGGACCUAUAUUAUCGUUCACGACUUUCAACAACGCUGCUUGUCCAAAUGGGUUCAUUUAUUUGACAGAACGAGAUCGGUUCAUGCGUGUAGCAAAGUUACCGAGCGACAUGGUACUUGACGCAUCAUAUCCAGUUAGAAGGAUAAACGUUGGAGCCACUGUACACAAUGUUAUAUAUUUGUUGCAUUCAAAUACUUAUGCCGUGCUAACAAGUGAGAAAAAGAAGGUAACGAAGAUGUGUGUGCUUAUAAAUGAUGACAAAACUUUCGAGGAGCAUGAGAAACCUGAUACAUUUGUGUAUCCGGAGAUAGAUCAAUAUAAGUUACAUUUGUAUUCGCCAGAAGAUUGGAAGCCAGUACAAAAUGUGGAGAUGCUGUUUGAAGAAUUCGAAGUAGUUACAAGUUGUGAAGAAGUUGUUUUGCGAUCCGAAGGCACGGUAUCCGGCGUUCAGAACUAUCUUGCUGUUGGGACUGCUUGUAAUUAUGGUGAAGAAGUUUUGGUGCGAGGUCGGAUCAUCAUUUCGGAAAUUAUAGAAGUAGUUCCAGAACCAGGACAACCAACAAGUAAACAUAGAAUAAAAACAUUAUACGAUAAGGAACAAAAAGGACCGGUUACCAGCUUGUGCUCAUGCAAUGGUUAUCUAUUAACUGGCAUGGGUCAAAAGGUGUUCAUUUGGUUAUUCAAAGAUAACAAUCUUCAAGGAAUAUCCUUUCUGGACAUGCAUUUUUAUGUUCACCAGCUGAUUGGUGUGCGAAAUCUUGCCCUUGCAUGCGAUAUGUAUCGUUCGGUAGCUUUAUUGCGAUAUCAGGAAGAAUAUAAAGCACUGUCAUUGGCUAGCCGUGAUAUGCGUUCUGAUGUCCAGCCACCAAUGUCCGCUCAGUUUAUCAUCGAUAACAAACAGAUGGGAUUUGUAAUGUCCGAUGAAGCUGCAAACAUAGCCAUUUUUAAUUAUUUGCCUGAAACAUUAGAAUCAUUGGGAGGCGAAAAAUUAACACUACGAGCUGAGAUUAAUAUUGGAACAGUUGUGAAUUCAUUUAUUCGAGUGAAAGGUCACAUUUCAAGUGGCUUUGUCGAGAACGAAUUAUUUUCGUUGGAACGACAGAGUGUUUUGUUUGCUUCAUUAGAUGGAAGUUUAGGAUAUUUACGACCUCUUACUGAAAAAGUAUUUCGACGCUUGCAUAUGUUGCAACAGUUAAUGUCAUCGAUGGUACUGCAACCUGCCGGUUUAAAUGCCAAGGGUGCACGAGCAGCUCGACCACAAAGGCCCAAUCAUUAUCUCAAUACCCGAAAUUUGGUGGAUGGUGAUAUGGUGAUGCAGUAUUUACAUCUUUCGCUACCAGAGAAGAACGAUUUGGCGCGGAAAUUAGGAACUAGUCGUUAUCAUAUUAUCGAUGAUCUCAUCGAAAUUUGCAGAGUUACCACACAUUAUUGA